GAUAUCCAACUACCUCCCCUCCAGGCGCGCUCACACGGCGGCGACUGGCGAGUCUUUUGACUGACCGCGCCGCCUCCCAAAUCCCCAAUCCGUCGACGCCGGGGCGAGAAUUCUUGUUCAUCUUUCUCGUGAAGUGCCCAGCCUUGCUUUGAUCUAGGGUUGGAUGCCGCCCCCAAGCUGGAUGGGCUUUAGAUGGACGCGGUCGACCCCUUCUCCCUCCGCUCGUGUUUGAUCGCCGCCGGAGCCACUGCUCUGUGCUGCCUCUGCGCCGCUUGGGUGCUCCGGUUGCGCACCGGGUGGAGGGAGAAGCAGCAGCAGCAGCAGCAGCCGCUCUGUGGGUGCGGCGGAAGUGGAGGCGAGCAGCACAUGGAGGUGGGCGAAAAAGUUGCGGAGGCGGAGGAUCGGCAGGCAGGCGGGUCGAUGAUAGAGCAGCUGGUGCCGGAGAUCACCAUACACUCGCUCAGCUACCUCGACUAUGCCAGUCUUUGCCGGUUCUCUAUGACAAACUCCGUGAUGAGGAAGGCUGCCAACGACGAUGGCACCUGGAAGGUCCUCUAUCACAAGGACUUCAAUGUUGAACAAGAGAUCGUUACCCCGACAAAUGGAUGGAAGGCUUACUAUGCUGUCACAAAAGCUAUUAUGGAUGUGAAUGCAAGAUUCUUCAAUAUAAUUAGAGAGGGCUCGCUUCAGGCAAUGAGUUGUCUAUGGUUGAAUGCGAACUACGUAAAAUGCAUACACGAGCCUGGAGGAAUAUUCACAGGGUAUGACGCGGUAAUGGAUAGAUGGGCAUUGAUAUUCGGCUGGCGGAUUCCAGGUGAUGAACCAGGUGAUGAACAAGGGAUUGAUGUCCAAAUAAAGAAUGUCAGUACUACUCGUAUUCUCGAAGAUGAGGCUUGGGUCACCAUGGAUGCUUACAUGGAUGGGAUCUUUGGGUCGUUCCGCGUCACCAAUGGGUAUGAGUUCCACAACGGCCAGUGGUUCAUUGUUCAUCAUUCAUCAUUCAUCAUCAGAGAUCAAUAAUGAUGCAAGAAGAUCGACAGAACUGAA